AUAGAAAAUGAGCAAUACAUCCUCUAGGUCUUCAAAACUAAGAGUAAACAGCCUCGAUGAAGGCUAUUCAAAGAAGAGUCAUUUCAAAAAAGAAGGUGAUAUAAAGAAAGGCAAAAUUUUAAGCAAAUUAAGACAAUUAAAGAGGAAAGACGAACAUCCUGAGCUGAAAAGAUAUAAGUAUAUGACUAAAAGGCAGAGAAUGGUAGGAAGAAAUGACCACAUGGGAAGCCUCCUCGGCAUUAUUCGUAGCUCGUUUGAUGAGAGAAUGAGUAAGAAAUUAGGAAAUGAUAGUAUAUCACCUACUAAGUCUUUUUCUAAGAAGAAGAGAAAUCUGAACAGAUCGAUCGACUGAGAUGACACUUCUGAUGUAUCAGUCAGACAGCCUCGAUGUAAACUAAAAUCUGAAAAUAUGAAGGAGUAUAUGUACAUGAGGAACACCAGUACUUUUAAAGACUGUGAUAAAAAAGUCGUGGAUACUCCAAAAAUCAUUAGAAGGAAAGUACCUGAUGUAGACUUGAGAAAGAAGACGUUAAGCAAUAACUUUAUGAAGGAUAAACUCCAUUCUAUUUGUGACGGCCCGAGUAUAUUUUUCCCUUCACAAAUCAAGGAAGAUAAUUUUGAAGAGUCAUCGACCAAUACGAAUGGAUCUUUCCAGAACUCAGUGAACAAGAUUGAGCGAAAGACUAUCAUUAGAAGACGAAGAGAAGAAAGAAAUCGAAGCCUUGAUUUAACUGGAGAGGAGAGGUUCAAAGAGUACUACAAAGAUAUUAUUAGUAAGAAGGAAGAAGUCAACCAGAAAUUGAAGAGCUGACACAAUCGGAUUAUUGACAAGCUCAAGAAUAAAAUGACAGCUAAUGGAGUGCACAAAUUAAGAAAUAGGCUCGAAGAGAUCGUUAAUGACUCCAAUUGCAGUGUCCUGCUCAAAAGAAAGAAGAAAAUAGUUAGAAGGAAGAUCUUUGGAAUUGAGUCAAUUGAGGCUUGAAUUUAGUAUCUUCAUUUAUUAAUGAGUUCAAUGAAAUAGAAAAUGUGUUUGC